AUGGAGGAGAAUCGUGGGAUCUUGGACUCUUUAGGUAAGGCCUCCUAUUGGAUCAUCCUAUCUGCUUUGUAAUUCAAGACAUCUCUCUAUGGGAGGAACCUCUGAUAUUUUGAUGGGGCUCAACAGCGCCACCUGCAGCACCUGGGAUGCUAACACUCCCACAGCCAGCCUUGGAUGGAAGACUGUUGACUGCUUUCCCUGUGAAUAUUCUUCCUCCGGUCCUGCCUUUUCAAAGCAUGAAACCCAGCCAGCUGGUUGCCAGAGUGGUGCAUGCUCUGGUUAUCUCCUGCAUGGAGUACUGCUAUGCGCUCUCCGUGGGGCAACCUUUGAAGGUGACCCAGAAACUGCAAUUAAUCCAGAAUGCGGCAGCCAGACUGGUGACUGGGGGCGGCCGCUGAGAACACAUAACACCAGUCCUGAAAGACCUACAUUGUCUCCCAGUACGUUUCUGAGCACAACUCAAAGUGUUGGUGCUGACCUUUAAAGCCCUAAAUGACCUCGGCCCAGUAUAACUGAAGGAGCGUCUCCACCCCCAUCGUUCUGCCCGGAUACUGAAGUCCAGUGCCAAGGGCCUGCUGGUGGUUCCUUCACUGUGAUAAGCCCACCCUGUGGAACGCCCUCCCAUCAAAUGUCAAGGAGAUAAACAACUAUGUGACAUUUAGAAGACAUCUGAAGGCAGCUCUGUUUAGGGAAAUUUUCUAAUGUCUCACAUUUUAAUGUAUUUUUAAUCUUCGUUGGAAGCCACCCAGAGUGGCUGGGGUAUAAAUAAUAAAUUAUUAUUAUUAUUAUUAUUAUUAUUAUUAUUAUUCCUGAGGCUCUGAUCUGUUUGCCACUUAGUUGCAGGUGGUGAUGAAUUGGUGAUGAAGAACGAGGGAGACCACAAAGAGAUCCACACAGUGGGGGAACUGUCUCAGGAUUCAGACUGUGGAGAGAGCUUCAGACAGAGCUCCCAUUCCACUUCCCAUCAAAGAAAUCCGCUUGAGACGAAACCCCAUCAGUGCUUGGAAUGUGGAAAGAGUUUCAGACACCGAGGCCAGCUUACUGUUCAUCAACUUAUUCAUACAGGAGAGAAACCCUAUAAAUGUUUGGAAUGUGGAAAGAGCUUCAUUAGGAGCAGCAAUCUCACUUCCCAUCAAAGAAUUCAUACAGGAGAGAAACCCUAUCAGUGCUUGGAAUGUGGAAAGAGCUUCAGUCACAGCCACCAACUAAGUGUCCAUCAAAAUAUUCAUACAGGGGAGAAACCCUAUAAAUGUUUGGAAUGUGAUAAGACAUUCACUCAGAGCUCCCAUCUCACAACUCAUCAAAGAAUUCAUACAGGGGAGAAACCCUACCAGUGCUUGGAAUGUGGAAAGAGGUUCCGUCAGAGAUACAAGCUUACUGUCCAUCAGAGAAUUCAUACAAGGGAAAAACCUUAUCAGUGCCAAGAUUGUGGGCAGAGCUUCAGAAAAAAGGACAGUUUCACUUCCCACCAAAGAAUUCAUACAGGGGAGAAACCCUACCAGUGCCAGGAGUGUGGAAAGAGCUUCAGAACAAAGGAGACUUUCACUGUCCAUCAGAGAAGUCAUACAGGGGAGAAACCUUAUCAGUGCUGGGAGUGUGGAAAGAGCUUCGUUCAAAAAGGUCAUCUUAUGUCCCAUCAAAUAAUUCAUACAACAGAGAAACCCUAUCAGUGCCAAGAAUGUGACAAGAGCUUCAGUCGAAGAGAGAGUUUCACUUCCCAUCAAAGAAUUCAUACAGGGGAGAAACCAUAUCAGUGCUUGGAAUGUGGAAAGAGAUUUAUUCUCAGAAGGCAGCUUACUGACCAUCAGAGAAUUCAUACAGGGGAGAAACCCUAUAAAUGUUUGGAAUGUGGAAAGAGCUUCAUUAAGAGCAGCAAUCUCACUUCCCAUAGAAUAAUUCAUACAGGAGAGAAACCUUAUCAGUGCUUGGAAUGUGGAAAGAGCUUCAGUCGAAAGGACAGUUUCACUUCCCAUCAAAGAGUUCAUACAGGGGAGAAACCUUAUCAGUGCUUGGAGUGUGGAAAGAGCUUCAGUCACAGCUACCAGCUAAGUGUCCAUCAAAUAAUUCAUACAGGGGAGAAGCCAUAUCAGUGCUUGGAAUGUGGAAAGAGAUUCACCCGGAGCACCAGUCUCACAACCCAUCACAGAAUUCAUACAGGGGAGAAAGACUAUCAGUGCUUGGAAUGUGGAAAGAGAUUUAUUCUCAGAAGGCAGCUUACUGACCAUCAGAGAAUUCAUAAAGGGGAGAAACCCUAUAAAUGUUUGGAAUGUGGAAGGAGCUUCAAUACGAGCAGCAAACUCACUUCCCAUCAAAGAAUUCAUACAAGGGAGUAA